GCUCGCCCACGUGAUCUUACCUUGUCAAUAUAAUGUUUCAAUUACCCUGGCUGCUGGCUAGCAACCGUCGAGAGAGAGGUACCUCAUUACCCGUUAACUACAUCCUAUUGGCUCUCGCGGAGGCACGUGACCAAAAUACCGGAGUGUGACUGGCUGGAAUGUCUAAUCACAGGGGUUAUAAGUCUCGUGUGACAGGAAAAGACUACAAUCCCACCACCACACAUGAUUAGCUCUCGCAUAGCUCUGCUGUGCCCACUAUAUAAUACUGCUCAAUAGUUUUGUUGUUUUACAUUUCUGCACUCGUGUGUAUAUUGUGCCUGCAUCUCUGAGCUGCUCUCUCUUUGACUAGUGGUCUAUACCGUUUCCGUGUUCCAUUUGCUAUAGCACAGUUUAUAGUACGCGUCUCGAGCGGCCGCUAUUCAUUUAUAUGACCGCCCUUUGUCAAUUCGUCAUGGCUACCGAGGAUAAUAUUGUUCCGGCGUUCGAGGGCAUUGAUCCUCCCCUACUGGACCCGUUAAUGGUGGAACACUUCAACAAUCUCCAGUCUCCAGAGACCUCACAGCUGAGCGGCUCUCCUGGGAGACCGAACGGCAGUAACUGUGAAGGAUCUAGUGUUAAUCUCCAGGGUUUGUCUCUGGAUGACCUGAUAAAACUUGUUACCCAGCUCUGUGAAUCUGAUCCCUCAUUUUCCGAACAAAUUCUCUCCGCUCUGAACGGGGACACGUCGUGCGAUGAGAAAGAUGGGAGUAGACCUAACAGUAACGAGGCGACCGCCAGUGAACCCAUGAUUGUUGAGUCAGAACCCCCACUACCUGAUACAAACACUCUCCUCAAAACAUUAAACCAGAGUUUUCUUCUCCAGGAGUAUAACAACACCCUCGCUCUUCAAAUAGCCCAAGCUAACACCAGACUUUCUUCUAACGGCCUCGACUCUUCAAAUCCUGCCCAGUCUUCAGUCCUUCUCAACGCAGAGUCUCUACAGGAGGCCAUGAAGUCCAAUCUGUUCGUGAUGGAAAACAAGGGAAACAACUUUGUUCCACUGAAAGAAUUCCGGAGACCUGGACCCAAAUACACCAGGAAAAACUUCAGUCCCGAACAGAUAGAGGGACUCGAGGCAGCUUUCCAGGAGCAUCGAUUCGUGAAGAAGGAUCUUAGAAAAGAACUUGCCAGGAAGCUGAACCUUAGCGAGAGGAGCAUAUCGUACUGGUUCCAAAACAAACGUGCGAGAAGUAAACCUCCGAUAACGAUGAGCAGUGAGGCGGCUCUGAAAGCAGCUCAACAACAACACGGACUAGAACCACAGCAGCAGCUGGAUCAGCAGCAACAAAGUCAGCAGGAUUCCUUGGUGGCAGCUCUUCAGCAAACCAUUCAACAGUCCUGUGCCACGUGAUCGUGACUGAAGAUGUGUCCCAGAGAAUGGGGUGUAUCCUUGAAUCAGACUCACAACCAGACCCUCAGGUCCCAGUAAAGUGGCUACCACAACGACCUUUCUGCAAAACCCUGGAAUUGCCCGAUUGCAGCGACAGCUUGUCGUAUUAAUGAACAGAGACAAUGAAACAUUAAACACACCUUAUCAGAUAGCUAUGGCAUGAGAUUUAUGAGGAUUAUUUGGAUCAGUUUAUUUAUACCCGUAUUUGUUAACAAAGCUGUUAGAAGUUAUGGUGGAAAUGAAUUACAGAUGUAAACUUUAUACGCAUUCAUUUUUACCAAUUGAAGUUAAGAUAAUGAAGCUACUUAUAGGUACAUAUUAAUAUUUUGAGUUUUUACCAUGUUGAUGCUGAAUAUUGUUUUGAAUGAUUACGUUUAUAACGGUUAUUAUACGCUUUUAUUAUAUUUCGUGGUUAAAUUUGUCAAAUAUCUUUUCAUCUAAACCUCAAUAUGACAUUAUGAGCAUAUAAAAAUAGCUCAACAAACAAAAAAUUAAAGGAAUUGGAAUACCCAUAAUUCUAAUGAUGUAAAAGUCUGAUUCCA